UGCAGCGCCGUUGUCGUUUCCAAUCCUUUUUCCUGGAGGCCACUGGUUUCCAGCCUACCUGGUUGUCCCGUGCCUCCUUUCUUACGUGGUCGACGGAGCCUCCCUCCUGUUGCCGCCGUCUUUGCCUCCAGCGACGUGGUCGAUCUCUGCACAGGACUGCCUGCCUGCCUGAGAGAAUCUUCAAGGUCAAAAUUCUUGUAGGGAGUUGGUUGGUUGGUUGGUUGGUUUGUUGUUUGGCAGGCUGGAUGGCUGGCUAUCUGCCUAGGAAUCUUGCCUCGUUAGUUGCUGCUACGGUGGUGGUUGUCUCUGAGGUGCUUUUGUUCUGCUCGGGAGGUUGAGGUUGGUGACUUGGUGGCUGAAGGGAUGUGACCUCCCGUUAAGCAGCCUGUCGCGGAGGUUGGGCUUGGAAGACUCUGAUUGAGUGUGCGGGUGGGGGGAGGGUGGUGCAUUUGAGAGGCUUCAGAGGUUUUCGGGGCGAUUUUUCUCGUUUGGUGUUAUGGGGUGAGGAGAGGAGAAAUUAAGCAGUGAAGAGGAGGAUUGGGCGGUUGGAGUCGGCGAGAUAGUGAAGUGGAGAUGGCGACCUCAGCCAUGGCGUUAUCGUUCAUGCCGCCAUUUUUUAGCAUUUUUGAAGUUUGGGCGUGUUUGCUGCUCGUUGGGACGAUUGUGUUUUUUUUUUGGAGACCGUAUGCGCCGAAGCCUGUGGUGGUAGUGAAGCCGGCGAUGGUUGUUGAGGAGGACGUGGAAGAGGACAGCCGCGUGAAGCGUGUAAUGGUGUUCUUCGGGACACAGACAGGUACCGCGGAGGGAUUCGCCAAGGCGAUUGCGGAGGAGGCCAAGUCACGGUAUGAGGGUACUGCUGUAUUUAAGGUUAUGGAUCCCGAUGAUUACGGUGCGGAUAAUGAGCGAUACGCGGCUCGGUUGAAGAAGGAGAAGUUUGCCUUGUUCAUGGUGGCGACUUAUGGUGAUGGUGAGCCGACGGACAACGCCUCGCGUUUUCAUAAUUGGUUUAUUGAGAAUGAGGAGGAAUUGGAACUAGGGUUGAAUGAGUUGAAUUUUGGAGUUUUCGGCCUGGGCAACCGUCAGUACGAGCACUACAACAAAGUUGCGAAGGAGAUCGACAAAGCGUUGGCGAAGCAGGGUGCUAAGCGGAUUUUGGAAUGUGGUCUUGGGGACGACGAUCAGUGCAUCGAGGAUGAUUUCACUGCAUGGAAGGAGAAGCUUUGGCCGGAGCUUGAUGCUUUGUUGAAGGAUCCCGAAGACACGACUGCUUCAACCCCGAAAACUCCUUACCAUGCUGCUGUUGCCGAGUAUCGCACGGUGACUUAUGAAGCUGGAACGAAGCUUCAUGUUGAGGAGUACGCUGCGAAGAAAACCGGACAAGCUGGGUAUGAUACACUUCAUCCAUGCAAGUCAGAGGUGGCUUUCGUCAAGGAGCUGCAUACCUCCGAGUCGGACAGGUCGUGCACACACUCGGAGUUUGACAUCGCCAAUACAGGACUUUCGUAUGAAACCGGCGAUCAUGUUGGAGUUUAUGUGGAGAAUAAUCAGGAGGAUGUGGAGGAAGCUGCGAGGCAUCUGGGGAUGCCGCUUGAUACAAUUUUCUCGUUGCAUGUAGAUGCCGAGGAGGGACAGCUGCUGGCUGGAUCUCUUCCCCCGCCCUUCCCAGGACCGCUGUUGCUUGAGACAGCUCUGCGUCGUUACGCUGAUUUGCUGAAUCCUCCACGUAAAGCCGUCCUGAACGUCUUGGCCGUAUUCGCAUCCGACCCGGAGGAGGUCGAGAGAUUGAAAUAUAUGGCCUCUCUGCAGGGCAAGGCCGAUUAUUCCAAGUGGGUGGUGCAAAGUCAGCGGAGCUUGAUCGAGGUAUUAUCUGCCUUCCCCUCCGUGAAAUUGCCGCUCGGUGUAUUCUUUGGGAGUGUCGCGCCACGCUUACAGCCACGAUUUUAUUCCAUCUCCUCAUCUCCUAAGGUAUCCCCUUCCCGAAUUCACGUCACUUGCGCCCUCGUCUACGGCCCGAGCCCCACGGGGCGCAUCCACCGCGGUGUUUGUUCUACCUGGAUGAAAAAUGCACAGUCUAAGGAAAGUCACAGCGCGGAUGAAUGCAGCUGGGCUCCCAUUUUUGUGCGCCAGUCGAAUUUUAGGUUACCUUUGAACUCGAACACUCCAGUCGUAAUGGUCGGCCCUGGAACCGGCCUGGCACCAUUCAGGGGAUUCUUACAAGAAAGAGCUGCCCUUCAGGAAUCCGGAUUUACCCUUGGACCCGCGAAGCUCUUCUUCGGGUGCCGAACCCGGGCACAUGAUUUCAUCUACGACAAUGAGCUCAAAAGUUUUGUUGAGAAAGGGGUGACUGAACUCACCGUAGCCUUCUCUAGGGAGGGUCCCAAGAAAGAAUACGUCCAGGAUAAGAUGCUUGAGCAAGCAGGUGAUGUGUGGAGAUUGAUUAGGGGUGGAGGAUACCUGUACGUUUGUGGCGACGCGAAAGGAAUGGCCAAGGACGUGCACAGGAUGUUGCAUACCAUUGUGCAGCAGGAAGAGAGCGUAGAAAGCUCGAAGGCUGAGGCCAUUGUGAAGCAAUUACAAGUGGACGGGCGUUACCUGCGCGAUGUGUGGUAGCCUUUUUAUUUUUGGUACGAGUAUUGCAAACCAGUAAGAGCUAUAGAUUAUAGGUAGCAAUCAAUAGCACGCAUUGAUCUAAUUCUAUCUAUUAGAUCAGUGCAGAGAUUCUCAAUCAGUGCGCACAUUGUGCAAUGCAGGAAUGUAGAUUUUACGAUUCUCGGAUGUAGUAUACCAGUGUAGUAAAUAUUGUAGGGUAUUAUAGUCAUGGUUAAAUCAACGCGGGUUAAUUCAAACACUCCAUUUGUUGAAAAUGAAGUGUUUACCGCGGGUCAAGAAAGGUCACGAUACCUCCUGCUUUCUACCGGAAUCGAGUUGUUCGUCGUCAUCUCGAACCGUGGAGGAGCCUGUUAGUUUGGAUGCACGUCCUGCUUAAUUCAUCUUUUGGAUGAUUUUCUGUACCCGUUGAUAAUUGCAGUUCGAAGUACUGAAAUUGGUGGAUUCAACCAAGAGAACGUCUGUUUCGUUGUACGAAGGCGAUUUGUUUA